GGGCUCGUUUGCGACUCUGGACACUUUGUCGAUCAGGGGGCAGAAGACACACAGAUCUCAGCCAGAUAAAGUCCAAAACGAGUCACAGCUUGGCCCCCCUUCCAUACAUACAAGUCAGAAAAACCCGGCACGAUGAGCAGACCCACCAUGUCAGCCCUUCGAUCACUCUCCCUUCUCCGAUCUUCAUCUACUACUACUACCCUUCCUCUCUCCUCUCGAUCCUUCUCCACCGCUUGCGCACGACUCAUGGCCUCCUCACCUCAAAGUGGACCUGGAUCAUUGCGCCCUCCACCAGCUAAAGGAGCUUCGUCUGGCGGUAAUAUGCUGGACGCCUCGUCCCCUCAAUCGAGACAUGCGAACGAGACGAUGCCUGGAUCAGCACCCGCCGCUAAUCCUGGAGGAACGGCGGAAGAUGGCGUCGUAGAUUAUUCGACUGGACAGAGUGCGAUCGAUAAGGCCGCGCAUCUGUUCUUCUUAACGGAAAUGGCGAGAGGCGCCUGGAUAUGUAUGGAACAAUUCUUCCGACAACCUUACACCAUCAUGUACCCUUUCGAAAAGGGACCUCUGUCACCCCGGUUCAGAGGCGAACACGCUUUGAGGAGGUACCCGAACGGAGAGGAGAGGUGUAUUGCAUGCAAACUUUGCGAAGCCAUCUGCCCAGCGCAAGCCAUCACGAUCGAAUCAGAAGCGAGAGAAGACGGAUCAAGGCGGACAACACGAUAUGAUAUCGACAUGACGAAAUGUAUCUACUGUGGAUUCUGUCAGGAAGCUUGUCCAGUCGAUGCGAUUGUCGAGACUCAAAACGCCGAGUUCUCCACCGAGACCCGUGAAGAACUCUUGUACAAUAAGGAGAAAUUAUUGAGUAAUGGAGAUCGAGCAGAAGCAGAGAUUGCUGCCAACCUUCAAGCCGACCAUUUCUACCGAUAGCUCAAAAACAUUUUGUUUUUCUUUUGGCAUACGAUUACAGGAUCCCUGGUUUGUCUCAUACCCAUUCUCGUACAAAAGAGGAAUGACAUGCAUGGGGUGCAGCGAUACACGGUUGGUUGGUACAAGUCUUCUUUGUGUGUGCGUGGUGUGCGUGUCUUGCGAAUCAGUCAGACAAUGCUACUUUUCCGCUUGCUUAUCUGCCAGCGG